ACGAUGUCGAUGCCAAACACUAAUUUGCAAGCCAAAAACUAUCGGAUGGAGUCCGUGGGGAGGACGCUGAAAAUGCAUGCGCGAACCAAUAACAAGUCGGAACAGGGAACCGCUGGUUACCCUGCGUUUAACGAAGCUGCUGGAAAUAUUUUCUCUCCCAGGCAGAAAGUCGAAGUCACAGGCAAGCGCCAAUGCCCUCCAAGAAAGCACCCGGAAAGGAAGACGCGUGAGGAGAGAACCAUUGAAAAGUUCCGGAACAUAGACUUCUUUGGGCAGCGCGACUCUAAGAACAUACUGACCGUCCAGAAUUUGGAGUUUCCCGAUGCCAAUAUCAAGCGUACUGAGCUGCACAAGCGCGAUGAAUGCGGCAAAAGCGUAAUCCGAGGCAAAGGGCGGGACUUUGCCAGCUCGAGCAACUCCCACUUCAGGGACGGAGUCGAGACGGUCAAGAUGCGCAAGAACGCUUGUUCCACCAGCAGUACAGCGCAGAAGUCCCUUGAAGACAAUGGUCGAAACAACGAAUGGAUCAUGGAGGAGUCUGAAGGUGAGCCUGAUUCGGAGGAACUGGUUGACUCGAUGCACUCGCCGUCUACUCGUCCUCCCAACUUUAAGGGCGAGGAGUGGAAACGUCCGUGCCCAGCCAGCUUCGUAGCCGGGGCUCCACGGCCCCGCAUUGGAAAGUGUCCCAAAAACUAUGAGCAGCUUGCUAAGCUGACGCCUGCGCGACAGAAGUUCUUCCUCACCCAGGACCCACGAAAGUCACAUUGCCUGGUCAAUCCCGUGGCGCUGCGCCACACCCCGCUUACCAAGGAACAGGAGUUUAGUUUGAUCAGCAAGCUGGUCAAGCACGGGGACAACCUAUGUGCCAGCACGGGGUCAGAGACUUCCGACUCGCAUAUCUGCGAGGUGAUUGAUCUGCAGAAUCCUAUGAAACUGGACUUCCAUGGCAUGGACUACAAGACGACGUACGAGCAAGACGAGAUCGAGCAGCAGAACGCUUUGACCUUUUGGCGCGUCCAGCGCUACAUGGCGCGGCGGAAGGCGAAGAAGAACACCAAAGUUAACGUCGAGGCCGAGCUGAAGGCGGAGAGACUGGCAGUUCCACAACGCUUCAACACGAAAAUCAAGGAUACGCCGGAGGAGGAGGUGGCUCCGCCUCGAUCGCCACGACUCGUGCACCUGUACCGAAGUCCAGAUAAGCCGGCUAACAAGCUUAAGAUCGAGGAGGAGCACAGGCGCCGGGCUGCCCGUUACAAGGACAUCUACUUGCGGAAUAAACAGCGCCAGGAAGAGCAGGAGAAGGAGCGGCGGAAGCAGCAGGCCGCCGUUAAAGAGAUUGAGGCGCGCACUGUGGCCGAGGACGACCUGCGCGCUGACGUGGCGGUCAUUGACGACGCUAUUGAGCGCAGCUUCCGCAAGCACGUGGAGCUCAAGCCCAUCAUCCGAAAGCGCAAGGUUUUCCCCAAGACCCUCACCGAAACAGAGAGGCUGAAGGCUAUUAUGCAUCGCGAGGACUGUGUGCGACGCGACAAGGCGCGUGUGACCCAGCAAUUCUUCCUGGAGCGCACCGGCAAACUGAAGCACCUGCCGGACGCUGAGCAGCAGCUCCGUUGCGGUGAGAGCAUUGAGGGGAGCGUGGGCUCCACGCCUAGUGAGCAGAGUAGCGAUGACGAGGACUACCUCCAGGUUGGCAAGAUAGGCGACAAGUUCCAGCUGCGGGGCUUUCACUUCAAGCAUGGCGACGGGCUGCGCGGCAAGCUGCACCGGCACCAAAUCAUGCAGGGUCAGCGCACGGUCAAGGGUGCUCUCACGCGCGAGGAGUGGCUCAAUCAGCUUGUGCCGCACAAGGAGCCCAUCAAGCUGGACGUGGAGCGCGGUAUUAUCAAGGUUCUUGACCCCGACGACCCGAACUUGGACCUUUUCCCGCCAGAGCCGUUGCUGGUUAGAAGACGAGAACGACAAAGCGCAGUCAGGGAGUUCGUGGAUCAGCGGCUCGGACUGCACUACCACCGCCGGCUUCGCAAAAACUUAAAAAUUGUGAAGCCGAAGCCGACUUACAAUGUGAAGAAGUUCAAUCUUAUCCGCUACGUUUUCCCAGAGAAAGUGCUUGUCCCCGACGAUCGCGUCCCGGUGGAGGAAAUGGAGGUUCUGGACGCCACCAAGGUGAAUACGACUCUGGAGUAUCUCGAUCUGAAACAGCAGCUGGCCAAAUCGAAGCGCCACAAAAAGAAACUUGCUCGUAUGCAGCUGCUUGGCCUGCCCUGCAUUGAGAAGGAGCAGCUGAGGGCGGCAGAUCCUUGUCUGGAAGUUGAGGAAGAAAAGGACGUAGACUGGGUGCCGACUCCAGAGCCUCCGUACAAUGAGGAUGAAGUUUCCCAGCGUGAAGAAGGUGGUUGCGAUCGAGGGUCAAAAGGGCUAGGAAUAGGCCAACGUGACAUCAUCCGGAAACGGUUAUCGGGGGGUAAAGAUUCCCAGCCGGCACGUUGGCGUGGAAAUAUGCCGGCACCCAAGGAGAGAGAAAAGACCCUGACGAUACACCCGCGACGAAAGCGGGACUAUGCCGCCGAACGUAUUCCAUCGGCUAUUUUUAACGAGGUGCUGCAGAAUUCUCCUCUGCCGCUCCUGGAGCAACCGGAACCAGAAAAGCUUCGUUUUGCCAAUGUGAGAACCAAAAAGCGGCCAUAUACAGAAAUAUUUGAGGCCCGACAUCACCAUGACCACUGGGCGCCGACUCAAGUGAAAAAUGUACACGUCCAGUAUCAGCCAAAGACCGUGGUUCCCGAGAUUACGAAAGUAGCAAAAAAGGUUCGGGAGCCGGUGGUGAAGUUUGAGAAGGCCAACCCGCCCAGCAGCAAGUAUGUGGACAAAGACUUGACCAUGCCCAGCUAUGACUUUGACCACAUGAUUUCUGAACAUCUGGCCGCGACCCGGACCGACAACAAAGAGGCUGCAGGCGAAAUAGUGCAGAACCUUUGUCGGCCUUACGACUUCGUUUUCCACUCGCGUGAUCCCGAGGAGCUGGCCAAGCUCGAAUUUCCCGGCCGGAGGCAGUACCUGGAUCUGCUGCGUGAGACCCGCGAAGCCAUUUACGAGACCAAGGACAUUGAGCCUGGCGAGGAGCGUCUCUUAGUGGACCGCCGGGCGGUGGUCGCGGACCUUGAGGAGGAUCUUAAGAGCAUUGAGAACUGCCUCAGCUCGCUGAGUAGCUCUGAAUGCACUGACCUUUCGAACGACAGUGGCAGCUACAUGGUGAUUGAGGAUAAGACCAAGUUGCCCCUCGACUACAUACGCAAGCCUCUCGUCCCGUUCGAGGAGAUGAGGCGCGCGCGCUUCCACGCCGCGGUUAUUGACGUAAACGCCGAGGAUGAGGAUCCCUACCGCAUGCUGCCGUUUUCAGGUCAGCACAAGGAGCAGGCCGAUAUGCUAGGGCCCAAGGAUACGUUUUUUACUUUCAGCACUCGACUACGAAACAGCCUUCGCCUGCGACUGGAGGUCGAAGUGCCGGACGUCCGCAAGACGCUGCUUGGUCCCGGUACCCGCAAGUACUACGGGGCGGUGAUAACUGACCUUGACGAGAACUACAUUGAGGAGCUAAAGAGCCGCGCUACCAUUAAGUCAUUUAAGUUCAAGACCAGCAUACAGCUGCUCAAAGACGCCAUGCGGCUGAAGUACGAGUCUCUGCUGAUCCAGGGCCAAAUGGUGCGCACCAAGAUCUACGACCGCAUGAACGAGCGGCACUGGGUGGACAUGAAGAAUACAAAGAACUUGUAUGAGGCAUUGUUCGCCAAAUGGAAGAAGAAGGAGUACAACGCGGCCAUGACGAUGGUGUAUCAAGUGAAGUCGUAUUACGAGACCACAGACAAGCUCAAGCAGGAGUUUCGGGAUCUUGAGCGCGAGUUGAUGAUGCUCAAUAUGGACAUUGUGUUUAUCGAGGGCCAUUGGAUUCGUUGCAUUAUGCUUCAGAACUUCCACUACCUAAUGGGUGACCAGGACUGGCGAGCAGAGAACGACUGGAUACACCUGGUUCCCAAAAACAAGCGCCGCGGCAGUACUGAAGGCGAAGACGACGAGGAGCAAACGGCAGAGGACUUGGACGAGGAGGAUAUGGAACUGGAGCCUUAUGACGUGUCGAUCGCAAAGCGAGCCAUAGUCAAUAUUCGCGUUCGCGACAAAGACGAUGCCUGGGCCAUUCGCGCCUUCUACUAUGAUGUAUACAUGCAAAAGGUCCACCCAAUCCUGCAGGUCUUUUCAGACGCAGAGUCCUUCUUGCAGGGCCUGGAAAGCCUUAAGAACAAGACCUUCAUGUUGCUUCUGGAAAUGCACUUCACUUUGUCCAUUCACACUGAACUGCAAGGUCGACUAGAGACCUUUGUCGAUUGGUGUACCAAAGACCUUAAAGAAAAACAGGAGUACGUUGCUCGCAAGUCCGCAAAGAAGUUUUUUAUGGAGGACCGUGCCAGAGAGAUGGAGGAAAGGGUUCACCACUACCUCGGCAAGCCCAUCGAGGAGACUAUUGCGGACGAGGACUUCAACAAACAUCGCGCAGUACUGGCUGAAGUGUGGCGCCGCGUAGUCCCAGACACUGUUCGCGGAACCAGCGAUGUCCUGCCCAGUACUGCCGACAUGGUGGCCGCCAUUAGCGACGUCGUCAUGGAAAUCCUUUCAAAGUUCGAGUACAUGGACAUUGAAAAGGUCCGUUCCGUGGAAGCCACGUUACGCAAACGCCGGCGCUACAGGGAGAAGCUCUCCUACCAGGCCUAUCAGGUGGAGCGGCGCAUUGACAUUGAAAUGAAGAAGGUGCGCCGCAACUUAGAGCCGCCCUACUCGAAGCCGAAACGGGAGGGGCGCCUGCCAAGGCUCUACCUCAAGAAGAGGGUCAUUCCGGAGGAGAAAGAGGUGCUAGUGAUCUCUGAAAACACAAAGAACUUUGUGCGGGCCUUUAGGGAGGAUGGUUACACCGGCGACCAGAUUACCCACACCUCCCUGUUGACUGUAGACAACAUGCAGGAGCAGAUUGUGCCUUUCUACUUUGACCACUUCCUGAAAAUCAAUGGCUAUACGCCCAAUUACAACUUCAGGACCAACGUGGACAUGCGCGACGGGCCCGAGUUCAAUCGCCUGAAAGUGCGCGAAGUCCUGCCUGAUGUGCUGGCUAGGCUGGAGACUUGGGAGACGAUGCACAAGAAGAUCAUGGAGGAAAAUAUACAGAGAAACCCAAAGAUGUACGAGAACGUCAUCUAGCAAGCGCCGUUCUAGUUUGGUUGGUGUUCAAUCCCUUUACCAUUUAAAUUUUAAGUUUUAUUCUCCAAAUCUUUCGCCACUCGAUGCUUUAAGCUGGAGACGUAGAAAUACAAAUUCUAAAAAUUGUAUAUUUCAAAAUAAAGUACCUAAGCCUGGC